UUUUAUGUGCGCCUUCACUCCACCUCUCAUUCCCUAGCCCCCCUUUCAGCCCCUGUUCAGUUAAAGUAUUUCCCCAGUGAGCAGAGUUUCUUUCUGCUUCUCAAUCUUCUGCCAGAAGCGCCUCUGAACUUUACUGCACACGCGACACUUUUAUUACGGGUUUGGAUUGAGAGAGGCGCGCGCCUUCAGAGAGCUGGAAAGCAUCUGCAAUCAAGGAAUAAAGAGUUUCAGAGGGAAACUGCACUAUACAGGUGAACGAUGCUGUCCUUGCUUUUGCUGAGUAUGUGUUUCUGGGUCUUCUCAGCCACAGCGUCUUUUGAUUACGUUUACACUGAGCCUGAAAGCACACUGACGGUCAGCAUACCCAAUGAACCUCCUCUCCAGCCUUUGAUGGGCGACACAAUAGUUCUGCCCUGCUAUUUCAAGGACAACACAGUCAAUGACCCUGGUGCCCCCACCAUUGCCCCUUUGUCUCACCGGAUCAAAUGGAGUCUGGUCACCAAAGAAAAGACCACAAACAUUUUAGUGGCAUCUGAAGGAGUGGUAAGCAUCGACAAAAGGUAUCUGGAUAGGAUCACUAUGGUUGGAUACCCCACGACACCCACAGACGCCUCCAUUAAGAUCACUGAGCUCCAUUCCAAUGACUCUGGAGUGUACCGCUGUGAGGUCAUGAAUGGGAUAGAGGAUGGUUAUGAUGUUGUUCAUAUUCAAGUUAAAGGUAUUGUUUUCCACUAUCGUGCCAUCACCACACGAUAUACCCUUACAUUUGAGAAGGCCAAGGCAGCCUGUAUUCAGAACAGUGCAGUGAUUGCUACUCCAGAGCAACUCCAAGCAGCUUAUGAUGAGGGUUUCCACCAGUGUGAUGCUGGCUGGCUUGCAGAUCAGACCGUCAGGUACCCUAUUCAUGAUCCUCGUGAGGCUUGUUAUGGAGACAAGUACGAGUUUCCAGGAGUGAGGACGUAUGGAAUAAGAGACGUGAAUGAGACGUAUGACGUGUACUGCUUUGCUGAGAAAAUGACAGGAAAAGUGUUCCACACUACUUCCCCUAACAAAUUCACAUUUGAGGAGGCAGAAGCUGAGUGUGCAGAGUUGGGUGCCAAGUUGGCCACCACAGGACAGCUCUACAUGGCAUGGAAGGGUGGUAUGGAUGUUUGUAAUGCAGGCUGGCUGGCAGACCGGAGCGUCCGCUACCCCGUCAACAUCGCCCGACCGCAGUGUGGGGGUGGCCUGCUGGGAGUGCGUACUGUCUAUCUGUUUCCCAAUCAGACUGGCUACCCUCUCUCAGACUCCCGCUAUGAUGCAUUUUGCUACUCUGAAACGGAUGAGAACGGUUCUGGCCUAUUGCCAUUCGAAAUAGAGACAAUUACAGAAGCCGACAGUGAUUCCCUGAGCGUGGACACAAUCACGGAAAGCCCCCAUGUCUUUUUAAAGCCCACCUCCACAGCAGGUGAACUGCAGGGAGAUGUUGUAACAUACAAGCCAUCAGUGACUACUAGUGUCGAGAUCCCAUAUACUGCACUAAAUAUUUCCCAGCUGCCCCUUUUACCACCCCCCACCUCUGUGGACACUUCGGAAGGGGUCACUGAUGGGACUGAUCUUGCCUCCGAUUUAUCCCGUUUGAAUGAAACCGAAGCUAUCAUGUCCACCACAGGGGUGGUCUUCCAUUAUCGUGCAAGCGACGGUCGUUAUGCUUUUGACUUUGUCAAGGCUCAACUGGCAUGUCAGAGCAUCGGUGCAGUCAUUGCCAGUGCCCAGCAACUGCAAGCAGCCUAUGAGUCUGGUUACCAUCAAUGUGACGCUGGCUGGCUGGUAGAUCAGACUGUCAGGUAUCCCAUUGUGUCUCCACGUGAGAAAUGCUCUGGUGAUUUGGAGCAUGUUCCUGGUGUGAGGUCUUAUGGACUGCGUUCUGCUUAUGAACGCUAUGAUGUGUAUUGCUAUGUGGACAAAUUACGGGGGGAAGUUUUCCAUGCAAGUUCAUUCGAGGGAUUCACUUAUGGUGAGGCAGAGGCUUACUGCCAGGGCAAGAAUGCCUCCCUGGCCUCCACAGGAGACCUGUAUGCUGCAUGGAAACAGGGCUUUGAUAAGUGCCGUGCUGGCUGGCUUCUAGACCGCAGUGUACGUUACUCCAUCAAUAACCCACGGCAGCAGUGUGGCGGAGGGAAGGCUGGAAUUCACACAGUUUACAAGUUUCCCAACCAGACUGGCUCUCCUGACCUGCACUACAAAUUUGAUGCAUACUGCAUCAAGGUGGAUCUGGAUCUGUCUCUGAGUGAAAGUGAAACAAAUAUGACGGUGACAGAGGAAAAGAUAGUGAGCGUGACAUCCCUCCCUGCUCUUCUCAAACCUGAAGCAGCUACUCCUACUACUAUCCCUGCAGAACCCUCUGGACCUGGUGCAUCUGGGGCCAGUGGCAAUGAUGAUCAGUUGAGCAGUGGGAGUGGGGAUCAGUCAAGUGUGUCACCUGCUUCAAGUGGGGACUCCUCUGGGGCUAGUGGCAUUGACAGUCUGUCGGGCAGUGGAAGUGGGGAUCAGCCGAGUGGGUCACCUGUUUCAAGUGGGGACUCUUCUGGGGCUAGUGGCAUUGACAGUCUGUCGGGCAGUGGAAGUGGGGAUCAGCCGAGUGGGUCACCUGUUUCAAGUGGGGACUCUUCUGGGGCUAGUGGCAUUGACAGUCUGUCGGGCAGUGGAAGCGGGGACCAACUGAGUGGGUCAUUUGAGAUGAGUGGAGACUCUUUUGGAAUCAGUGGCACUGAUGAUCUGUUGAGCAGUGGAAGCGGGGAUCAGCCGAGUGGGUCAUAUGUUUCAAGUGGAGACUCUUCUGGGGCCAGUGGCAACGACAGUCUGUUAGACAGCGGGAGCGGGGAUCAGACAAGUGGGUCAUUUGUGUCAAGUGGAGACUCUUCUGGGGCCAGUGGCAGCGACAGUCUGUUGCACAGUGGGAGCAGGGAUCAGCCGAGUGGGUCAUUUGUGUCAAGUGGAGACUCCUCUGGGGCCAGUGGGAGUGGGGAUCUGCCAAGCGGGUCUUUUGGUUCUUCAGGAUCUGGCAGUGGCUUAGAUAUCCUAGUGACCUUUUCAGGAAGUGAAUCCAUUUUAUCAGGAGUUGGAUCAGAUUCGGGAAGACCCGAGGAGGCUGAGGAGGCAAGCACAGAGAUCCUGACCUUAUCCUAUGGCCAGGGUUCAGGGCUCUUCGGAUUGGUCACCUCCGGAUCAGGAUCAGGAUCAGGAUCAGGAAGUGGGUCAGGGUAUAGCUCUGAAGAGAGUGGAUCUACCUCAGACUUUUCCAGCAGCUCAGGAGAAAGCGAUGAGAGUAGAGACCUUUCUGGCAUCUUCUCAGGAUCAGGUUCUAGCGAGGGGUCCUCAGGAUUCAGCGGUUUUCCAUCAGGAAUUUUUCCCUCUGGAGGAUCCAGUGGCAUUUCAUUCAUUGAUAGUGGUGACAUCAUGGUGGAUAGCCCUUGGGUGAAGGUGUUCACUGCUCCACAUUUAACAGAACAAGAGCUGGGUGGAAGCCAUGUGGAUUUCAGCGGAUCAGGACAUAUCUCAGGGUCUGGGAUGAGUGGUGAUAUCUCUGGGAUGAGUGGUGAUAUCUCUGGGAUGAGCGAUGAUAUCUCUGGGAUGAGUGGCGAUAUCUCUGGGAUGAGUGAUGAUAUAUCUGGGAUGAGUGGUGAUAUAUCUGAAGUUAGCGGUAUCCACAGUGGCUCUGGGAGUGGUUUAGAAUUUUCUGGUCUGACAUUUUUGGGAUCGGGCUGCAUUGAUCUCACAGAACAACCUCGUGAGCAGGAAGCUUCUGGACUUUUGCUGUUUGGGUCUGGUGAGGGAAGUGGAUUAACAUCUGGAGGCUAUUCCAUUGUAUCAGGGGAAAGAUCAGGGGAAUCAGCUAGCGGUGAUAUCAUCUUCUCCAAUAAUGGCAUGAUGGAAAUUUCCAACAAGCCCUUCCAAGGCUUGGAGCUAGGAAGGGGGGAGGUGGAGUACAGUGGCACCCUUAGGGUGUCUUCAGGGAGUGGAGAUGAGCAAAGUGCCUUUGCUAGUGAACAAGAACAUGAAUGGAUCCCAAUUACUGAAGAUACACCAACAGUGAACUCCAGUGAUGCUCCCUCAGAUGUACUAUCUGCUCAAGGGCCAUCUGGUCUGUACAGUGAUGCUGCAGGACCUCCAUUGUCAGAACCAGAGGGAAUCACAAGUAGACUUGACACUGUUACUUCUGCAGCUUUGUCUUCUACAACAGAACCUACUUCUUUACAGAGCCCUUCUGUCACGGAAGGACUUGUUUUGAAUGAAACCACAAUAGCUUCUCUUAACCCAUGUGAACCAAACCCUUGUGGAGCUGGGGUGUGUUCGGUGAAGGACGGGGUGGGCAUUUGUCACUGCCCACCUGGACUGCAUGGAGAAGAGUGCCAGUUUGAGGUUGAUGUUUGCCAUUCAAACCCUUGCGCCAAUGGAGCCACCUGUGUGGAGGUAGAGGACACUUUCAAAUGCUUAUGUCUGCCCAGCUACGAAGGAGACCACUGUGAGAUUGAUGUGCACAGCUGUGAGAAGGGCUGGAGUAAGUUUCAGGGCAACUGUUACUUGCAUUUCUCGGAGAGAAAGACCUGGCUGGACGCUGAGCAGCACUGUCGAGACUUAAACGCUCACUUGGUGAGCAUUAUCACUCCAGAGGAGCAAGACUUCAUCAGCUCAUACGCACAAGACUAUCAGUGGAUAGGACUGAACGAUAAAACGGUGCAAAAUGACUUCCGCUGGUCAGAUGGGACUCCGCUGCAAUAUGAGAACUGGAGGCCUAACCAGCCCGACAAUUAUUUUAAAUCUGGUGAAGACUGUGUUGUAAUGAUCUGGCAUGAAAAUGGCCAAUGGAAUGACGUGCCCUGCAACUAUCACUUACCUUUCACAUGCAAAACAGGUCCAGUGACAUGUGACCAGCCUCCUAAAGUGGAGAAUGCCAGGAUGUUUGGCAACAAGAAAGAUCGUUAUCAAAUGAAUUCUAUAAUCAGAUACCAGUGCAGUGAAAACUUCAUACAACGCCACCUACCUGUGAUCCGCUGCAUGGCAGAUGGACAAUGGGAGAAGCCUCGAGUGCAAUGCAUAGCCAAGGUCAAAUCUGGACUGCAAAAGGAAUCUUCUGUUCAUCACUCUCAUAAAUCUAAUACAACAACAUUGGAGAAACAUCUCUAAGGAGAUUUGAAGAGCUAGAGAUUCAUUUUUAAAUCAGUACGAGUUUUAUAUUUAUUUUCCAAGACACUGAAUUAUGAAGCAUUUGUGAUUAAAAAGUGUUAUUUUCAAGAUAAGUGCCCAUCUUGUAUAUUGCUGCCCCCUAUACAUUAGAUGUCAGUUAUUGGCCAUCAGCCAUGAUGGAGUGAUUCAUUUCAUCCCUGCAACAAAAGAUCAGAGACCAAAAGAUCAAAGACCAACAGCAUUCGUAAAGAUGUCUGUAAAUAUUUGCAGGUUUUCCUUUUGGACCAGCUAGUGUUUUAUGUUAAAAGGUACUGAGUGAAGAGCUGGAUGUGCCCAGUUUUUCCUCUGUGAAGGACAGUGAAACUUUUUUGUCUUUCUCUGCUAGUAAGCCAAAUUUUAGGUACAUGCACAACAGAAAUGAUGGGAUGAAAUGUGAAGUAUUAUUUUCAUCUAGUUUGUUGAGAGGAGAUGGAAACCUAAAAAAAAAAAAAAAAAAAAUCUGUAGCCAUAAAAAAAUCAUAUUUAUUUCUAAUACAUAACCAGA